AAAAGGGUAUUCAGUGGAAGAUCUUUUUCCUGCUCUUGUCCCCUCCCUAGACAGGUGCUACCUGGACCCAGUACUACCAGUUCUUUUUCUCCAAUUAGAUUUUAAAAUGCCAUGGGGAAAGGAAUCGUCUCCUACCUCUGUGUCCCAUUGCAGUGGACUGUCCCACCCCGUCACCCGAGAGAGUUUUGCUAGCAUCACAUUCUCCCUCCCCCAAGUCCCUCUUAACUGGCCAUCCAGCUGCCAAUCAGGUCCGUCCCCUCCACCAGCUAUCAUACUGUUCUUCCUGUAUUCUGGUCUUCCCCCUAAUCCUUUAUUGCUCCCCAUACCUCAGGUCGACGGCACGCUCCUUGGCAUGAUGAUUGGGUUGCAGCUGCCUCUCCAGGCCCAUCCUCUGCUACUCCCAUCAGACUUCAUACUCCCACCAACCUGAUCUACUUGCUGUUCUCUGAUUGGCUGUGCUGUCUCCUGCCUCUAGGCCUCUGUCUGUGCUCACCUCACAGGGCCAACUCCCAACUCCUGCUCGUGGGCUGAGGCCCCACGGUGUGGCCGCCACGGCAUCCCAAGCUCUUCCCAGGCUCCGGCCCAGCCCCCGAGCUGACCUCGCCGGGGUCCCCACUGGCCCCAGAGGAUGCGGCUCCUCCGCAGACGCCACAUGCCCCUGCGCCUGGCCAUGGUGGGCAGCGCCUUUGUGCUCUUCCUCUUCAUCCUGCAGAGGGAUGUAAGCAGCAGGGAGCAGGCCACUGAGAAACCAUGGCUGAAGUCCUUGGUGAGCCAGAAGGAUCACGUCCUGGACCUCAUGCUGGGAGCUGUCAACAACCUUAAGGAUUCAAUCCCCAAGCUCCAGAUCAGAGCUCCGGAGCCCCAGGAGACACUGGUCCCCCGAAAGCAGCCCUGCCUCCCCGGGUUCUAUUCCCUAGCCGAACUGAAGCCCUUCUGGGAACGGCCACCGCAGAACCCCAACAGCCCUGGGGCCGAUGGGAAAGCAUUUCAGAAGAACAAGUGGACCGCCCUGGAGACCCAGGAAAAGGACGAGGGCUACAAGAAGCACUGCUUCAAUGCCUUUGCCAGUGACCGGAUCUCCCUGCAGAGGGCCCUGGGCCCAGACACCCGACCCCCUGAAUGUGUCGACCAGAAGUUCCGGCGCUGCCCCCCACUGCCCACCACCAGCGUCAUCAUCGUUUUUCACAACGAGGCCUGGUCCACGCUGCUGCGAACAGUGUACAGCGUCCUGCACACCAGCCCUGCCAUCCUGCUGAAGGAGAUCAUCCUGGUGGACGACGCCAGCACUGAGGAGUACUUAAAGGAGCAGCUGGAGGAGUACGUGAAGCAGCUGCAGAUCGUGAGGGUGGUGCGGCAGGAGGAACGGAAGGGCCUGAUCACUGCCCGACUGCUGGGAGCCAGCGUGGCGCAGGCAGAGGUGCUCACUUUCCUGGAUGCCCACUGUGAGUGCUUCCAUGGCUGGCUGGAGCCCCUCCUGGCCCGUGUCGCCGAGGACAGGACAGCGGUGGUGAGCCCGGACAUCGUCACCAUUGACCUGAACACUUUCGAGUUCUCCAAGCCCAUCCAGAGGGGCAGAGUCCACAGCCGUGGCAACUUCGACUGGAGCCUGACCUUCGGCUGGGAGACGCUACCUCUACAUGAAAAACAGAGGCGCAAGGAUGAGACCUACCCCAUCAAAUCCCCGACGUUUGCUGGUGGCCUCUUCUCCAUCUCCAAGUCCUACUUUGAGCACAUCGGUACCUAUGAUAAUCAGAUGGAGAUCUGGGGAGGGGAGAACGUGGAAAUGUCCUUCCGGGUGUGGCAGUGUGGCGGGCAGCUGGAGAUCAUCCCCUGCUCUGUGGUAGGCCACGUGUUCCGUACCAAGAGCCCCCACACCUUUCCCAAGGGCACCAACGUCAUUGCCCGCAACCAAGUGCGCCUGGCUGAGGUCUGGAUGGAUGACUACAAGGAGAUUUUCUACCGGAGAAAUAUGCAAGCAGCAAAGAUGGCCCAAGAGAAAUCCUUCGGUGACAUUUCGGAACGACUGCAGCUGAGGGAACAACUCCACUGCCGUAAUUUUUCCUGGUACCUGCACAACAUCUACCCAGAGAUGUUUGUUCCUGACCUGAAGCCCACCUUCUAUGGAGCCAUAAAGAACCUCGGUGCUGAUCAAUGCCUGGACGUGGGUGAGAACAACCAUGGAGGGAAGCCCCUCAUCCUGUACCCCUGCCAUCACCUUGGCGGCAACCAGUACUUUGAGUACACGACCCAGAGGGACCUUCGCCACAACAUUGCAAAGCAGCUGUGUCUACAUGCCAGUGCUGGCGCUCUGGGCCUUAGGAGCUGUCACUUCACUGGCAAAAAUAGCCAAGUCCCCAAGGACGAGGAAUGGGAACUGACCCAGGACCAGCUCAUCAGGAACUCAGGAUCCGGGACCUGCAUGACGUCUGAGAACAAAAAGCCAGCCAUGGCCUCCUGCAAUCCCAGUGACCCCCACCAGCACUGGCUAUUCAUCUAGGCCUCGGAGUGUUCCCCGUGGGUGUUCCCACAUGCCUCUCAGGAAAUAGUAUUUUUGGGCCCCCAAUCAUCCAUUUCUCUGCAGGCCUUAAAGAUGGAUUUCUGAACCCAAUUUUGGAUAUCAAGGCACGACCUACCUACUUGCAACAACACGGGGCCCAUCUUCUUUCCUGCACAUGGAUGGAAGAGACUGUAAGAACACAUAAUACUUGGCCUAGAGCUUUCCUUCUGUCCUAGAAACAGAGACUUCCAAAACAGACAAGGCAUCUGAGAUAGGGCCCACGACAGCAAUGCUGAAUUCAAGAAAGGCACCUCUGCAGCCAUGUCCUGAAUCCCUGGUCAGCUAGAGCACCCACAGAAGCUAGUGAAAUCGUAUAUUCUAUCAGGGAUGAGAGGUCUAAGAGAGCCUCCCUUGCUAAUAGUACCCCAAGUUCUUAGAGCCGUUUACAGUUUACAGAAAGCACCCUGACAGGAAUCCUUUAUCUUAUUUCAUCUGCACAAUAAUCCUGUGAAAAAGCAGAACAGGAACCACUGUGCCCAUUUUACAGAUAAGAAAGCUGAGGCAGAGAGGAGUAAAGGAGCUUGUUGACAAUCCCACAGCUAGUGGAUGGCUGGAGCGAGACAGGCUUGAUCUUGAACACCGAAUCGGGGUGCCUUCUACCACCACAAGAACACUAGACAACUAACCAUCAGCCUUCCCAUUCUCUCUUCCCUCCAUUCUGAUCAUUUCUGGCUGGCUGGUCUCCAUAAAGCCUAGAAUGGGGGAGCGAGGGAGCCAUAAGGGACCUUACAUUUGGGAAUCCUGGGAUGUUAAUGUUGGAAAAAAGCUCAGGAGCCAGUGUUUCUCAGGUUUAAGUCCCAGAACCCUUUUUCCAAUGCCUCAUAUAUAAUGUAAACAAAAGGCAGAGUAGCCACGGGUGAAAUUGAGGGGGUGAGGGCAAUGCCCACCCGCCCCUGAUCUUCUCAAGUUCUGUAAACACAAUUUGAAAACCGUGGUUUUAGCCCAAUCUUAUCAUUUUCAUAUUAUGAAACCAAGGCCAAAUAAGUGAAGGAGUUUGCCCAAGGCCACGUGCAUGGCGUUGGCAGCCCUGAAACUAGGACCCAGAUAAGGAUAACGAGCCCUGGGAAAUCGGAGGAAGCAGGGACAGGAUGUAGUCAGUCGAGCAUGACUGGCCUUGUCUGCUGUGUCAUCUGUCCCCACAUGGAACAGAUCUGACAUGCGUGUCAGUUCUUUUCCACGCAAGUUGGACCCCACACAUACAACUGCUUUGCCUGAACGAGAGAGCCCAGCUGCCUAGAAGAGGACUCACGUUCCUUGCCAGAGGACUUCUGACUUUCAGUAGCAGGGCAUGACUGUCAUCUUGGGCAUGGCCACGUGAGGGUGCCAUGGGACCACAGCUGCCUCCUUCCCAGCAACUCCGUACUACAGGAAAUGUCCUCGGUCUCUGAAAGCCUGCAGGACCCUGUAGAGGAAACAUUCCGGGGUAACCCAGCCAAAAGAAAAAGAGUGGCCAGGAUGUGACCUGGAGUAGGGAAAGCGGAAAGUUCUUUCCCAGAAAGAAGAAAAUUGGACAUGAUAUCCCAGUGGAAAUAAAGGUUUUACGGCAUUGGUAAAGGAUGUGUUGGGUU